CACUAGAGGCGCAAAUUAUAUCGGAGUCGUCGUAUGUCGUAUGUCGUUGCAUCAAAUUUACCGUUUCGUAGCGAUUGAUGGAUCCUUUUUUCUCGUAGAAGUUCUGGGUCUUGCACGGCCAUCAAUGGCUCAACAGCAUUUCGAAAGAAUGUAGCGACCAACGAAACGUUCGGAGGAGACAUCAUGUUGGCGGUCGGGUCGGUCGCCCGCAGCUGUCAGCGGCGCGUGAAGAUCCUUUCCGUUGUUUUCUUUCUUCGCUCUGCACCGGCCCUUGUCACCGGCGUUCGACUCUCGCAUUUCUUUGAUUCUUGGUUUGUUGAAUCGGCGGAGAAAAAGGUAGAGGACGGGGGUACAUUCUCGGUUGACAAAAACCAUCUCCAAGCGGCGCAGCAAAAACUAUGGGGACACGGGGAGAACAACGACCCAUCGAUUCUCGACACGGCGUCAAUCAACCCGUGCAUUGAGGCAGACGUUACCCUGUGCAAAAGUAUCGUGGGCGUAUUGAUUGCAGUCAUGCAAAUGCAUGACGAUUGCCAGUCCCGAGAAAAAUGAUCUGCAUUACAACGAACUUCCACUUUUCCUUUCGGAAAACUUUGCGUUGCAAAUCUUACUCGGCCCGACACUUUGUUUGGAUUGAAUAGACGUGCAGGCCAAGCAAUUGUCGAAACUGCUGAUCCAGGAGAAGAGGAUCCAGGACACCUACGCCCAGGUACUGGCGGAGUGCAAAGCCCCGGACGCGGGGUACCACCCCGACUGCGUUGCGCAGCUGGAGUCCGACCAGGUGCGCGAAGCGAAGUCGCCGGUGGUAUGGCUCGCGAACUGCUCGGAGAAGAUGAAGCAGCAGGUGAAAAGCCCGUCUGCUGCAAGUUCUUCGUACAACAAUGCCGGCAUGUGUCUGUACGCGGAGAAGAAGGUCGCCAGGUACACGAAUUACGUUGCCGGCUUUUCGGAAAUUGCAGACUUGAUGAAGCAAUCGGCCGCGAACUGCAACGCCGCACCUUUGCAGUGCAUCAGGGGACUGCCGCUGUGCCUGGACCCGAGCGUCAUCGGGGGCAUCACGUACUGCUUCAAAAAGUGUCUGCAGACGGGCGGCUACGACUUUGUUGAGGUCGGGGAAUCCAAGGAAAACAAAGUCUCGCUGCUUACGGCUUUUGCCACAAAGAAGCACAUGUUGCAUCGCUAUUUCGAAGUCCUGGCGGCUGGCCGCGGAAAGGGACGAAGUCGGGUUGAGGUCGAGGAGAAAAGGAAAGCCGUGCGAUUGCUCAAUCCGAGGAGGGGAUUGUAGGACGCAUGAAGAAAAAAGUGAAAUUUGGUGUUGAAGUUGAUACACGACUGCACAGGUAGAAACUGGUCACGAUUCUUGGUUUCGUUUUGCAGACAUAGAGGUGAUAACUUUUCUUUUCCCAGUACCUAUCCAUCGACGGCAAUGUACGUACGUGUAAUUUGAAUAUUUGUUGCAAGUGUUUGCUUUUUGCGGGACAAGAU